AUGGCGCCCCUCACUCUCAAACCCGUCACAGUCGACGACAUCCCAUCCAUUGCCGAGCUCUGGUACACAGCCUUCAGCAUCCCGGUUAAUCUUCACAUGUUCCCCAAUACCCCCGGGGUCCGAGAAUGGUGGGACAACGCUAAUCGCCACGACUUGCUCCACAACCCACACCGGAAGUACCUCAAAAUUAUUGAUCCCUCUGCAUGUGAUUUCCUGGUUGGGUACGCCAAAUGGGAUUUGGAUCCCCUGGAAAGUGGCGAAAGGUUUCCAGCCUGGCAUAAAGAAUCAGACGUUGAGCUUUGUGACUUAGUUUUUACCGGUUGCGGUGAGAAACGAGAGGAGUUUAUGAACGGUCGGAAACAUUACUAUCUGGAUAUGCUGGUUGUUCAUCCGCAUUAUCGUAGACAGGGUGCUGCGUCUCAGUUGGUGAAAUGGGGAUGUGAUCUUGCAGAUCAGAAUGGGCUACCAGUUUAUCUAGAUGCUCAUAUAGAUGCAUCUCCUUUGUAUCGGAAUUUCGGAUUCAAAGACCAAGAGGAGGCUACACCUGAAGGGGCGGUUUCGAUGAUUCGAGAGCCUCAAACUUAA